AUGGACCCAUCGACGUUUCCGGCGCCGAACGGGCGACUGACCAAGGCGCAGGGCGAUGCCCUCGUGUACUCGACCUUGUGUGGAUUUAUGCUCGUGGGUCUGUGGGCCGGCGUCAACACGCGCAGUAAGCGCGAGUUUAUCAGUGGUGUGCGCACCCAGCCAGCUCUGCCGCUGGCGCUGAAUUGGAUUGCUUCGGGUUCGUGUCUCAUGGAACGGUAG